AUGUAUAAACCGGGAAACUACUUCUUUUUGGUUCCCUGGAUUGCCUUCAUUCCCUGGUAUGGUAUGCUGAUAGCGAUGCUUGUGUGCUGGGCCGCGCAGGGCCACCCCAUCUACUGGUUCGUUCACAUAUAUCAAUUCCCCGUUUACAUAUCUCAUAUCGGGGCCACCAAUCUCAGACCGCUGUUUAUUUCUUGUGCUGGCUGGCAGGGCCUGGGAUACUGCAUCACGAUUGCAUGCGAGUAUUUCCAACGCAGUGGAAGAUGGCCCUUCCAGCGUUCAGCGCUGGCGAGUUCAUCUACCGCAGACCAUGCCUCGUCGUCCGUGUCCCACGAAACGUUGAAGUCCAGCUACGGCGACAUGCUGCGGUCCGCCAAGUUCUUGAUGCCUCCAUACUACACCCGCCAUGAGCGGAAUUGCAUUUUCGCCAGCUUCGUACUUGGAGUCAUAGGCGAGGUCUGUUUGCUGAUGUGCACUAUCUUCUCUACGGUCGACUACCACACGGUCCAUUUGACCAUGGUGGGCCUCUUCUGCGCCUUUAUGUUCUUGUCGAUCUGCUGCAAUACCGCUGAGUACUUAAUGAUGGGCCGGCAUUACGCUCAGCUGCACCCAUUGGCAGAUCCGCAGGACAAGUUGGUGGAGACACGCUGGAACCACUGGGUCGGCCAUAGUUUUAACAAAUACACCAUCAGCGCCAUUGCCAAGAUGAUUUGGCUUGCAGCUGCCCUUACAUGGGCUUUGUGUUUCGCGGGACUCGAAGAUAACUCUAAAAGUUCGUGUUUCGAGUGGCUUCUAGCAUUUUGGUUUGGACUGAUAUUCGUCAUUAUCUCUAUUGACUUCUACUUGGGUGGUCGCUAUAGAGUGUCCAAGUACUUCCACCAGGUCACCUCUUUCGAAGGCUACUACAAGUACGACACGUUGGUGCCAGCUCCACAUCAGACGGAGCCCGUGGUCUGA